GUCAGGAGAUCUGCACCACGGAGGGGCAGCUUGCUCCGUUCAUUGACUCUUUCGACAAUGCCAUCAUGGUCUCUGCAGAGCACUGUGCAGUGCUGCUCCUGGAGGCACCGCAUUGCCCCGAUGCGGUGGCCUCAGCCCUCCUAGCGCUGGCGGAUGUCAUGAGGACCACGGCCUGGCAGCAGUCGAACAGGUACUACCAGUUCACCUCAGAAAUGCCUAGAAGUCAGCCACCGGAGCGGGAUGCCGAACGGCUUUUGCAGCGGGCAGAGGCAACGGUGCGAUCCCAAUCUGCGCGAUGGCCUUGGCUGACCACGCGGUGGCCCGUGUGGCGUCUGCUGGACCGCCUUGGUGCAGCAGAGGCCGUGAACGUCAGCUCUGGCAGCAGUUGGUUUUGGAUGUAUGUCUUUCCUCACAGGGUGCGCUCCGACGGCAUCAUCUCCAACCGGAUCCGUGCCACGUCCAAGGCAUAUUGUCUGCAGCUCUUCCAGGACGAGGUCCGGCGGCUUUUGGAGCAGCCAAGGCACCGGCCCAGGAAACUACGGCUGGUCGAAGUCGGCCCACACAUAGGAGACUGCAUGCUUUGGGCUGCGGCGGAAUUUCGGGAACAAACUCGAGCAACUGCCGUCGAACCUGUGGCACAGGUCGUGUCUCUCUUUCGCCGCAGUAUUGCGGCGAAUGGCUUUGAGCCGAUCAUCGACUUACACCAUGCCUUCUGCGGUUCGGAGAAUUCCGGAGGCACGGAGGCGCCAGCCACGAUGCUCCAGCCAUCCAUUCCGUGGAUUCGCUUGGAUUCCGUGGUGGACGAGGAUGUUGAUGUCCUGAAGAUACACACGAACGGCGGAGAACGUCAAAUCCUCGACGGUGCUGAGAAGCUGUUCGUGCGACAUGAGGUUCGCGUGGUGAUCCUGCACUCAGCCGAAGCUCACCAGCUCUGGCCAUCGACCACCUUUUUAUUGCAUCGGAACUACGACGUCACCGUGGAUGGGCGGAGGAUGUCUCAAUCCGGUGAAGACGAAGCUUGGCUCCGGACCCGUGUGGCGGAAGUCGGAGGGCUACAGCUUCAUGCAUCAAAAGAGGUUAUCUCACUCCAGUUGGUGAGAACACAGAUCCAUGCCGGCAGGAUGCGCAGGGGAAGGAGAUUCCACUGGUUCUACGUCGUCCACGAGCACCAGCACAUCGUCUUCCACAACGAGCACAAGCUCAACGUCCGCCGCACCAUCACCGAUGGUGGUGACUGCCUUGCGGAUGCGGCAAAAGUUGGAGUUGACCCGGCCCUGGAAAAGCUUGGUGACUGCUUGGCGCAUGCCUGCGAAGCAGGAACCACAUCAUCCAGCUCGGCAUCAACAACAACGACAACCACAAAAGACAGUUCGCGCCCUAUGACGGAGCAAGAGAUGGAAAGGUCUUGCCCGGGAUUUGUGGACAACACAUGCAAGGAAGACAAAGUGUGCAAAGACAUCUGGCUGUGCAUGUCUACAUCCAUGAAGACAUGCAGUGAUGGCAGUGAGUGCAUCCAACGGACCGUUUCCAUCAUGCCUCCGACGCCCGCGGCGGAAGAGAUUGGCGCGUGCCUGGAGAAGGCGUGCACUGCGGGAAGCUCCACGUCGUCAACUUCGACUCCGGCCCUGACAACCACGAAGGAUUCUCGACCCAUCCACAGCGAGGAUGUGUCAGCAGCGUGUCCAGGCUUCAUUGACCAGACGUGCAGCCCCGAUUCCACAUGUGCCGACGCAUGGAAGUGCAUGGGCUCGAUGAAGACAUGUCAACAAGGGAGCCAGUGCAUUGAACAGGUGGCGAAGAUUGGUACAACCUCUGCACUUGAGGAGUUAGCCACAUGUUUGGAGAAGGCCUGUACACCGACUGAAUCCGGCAGAAUCAAGGUCGUUAUUUGA